AUGGAAGAAUCAAAAGUGAUUGUGCAUGGAUUUUGGGCAAGUGCUUAUGUAUAUAGAGUGAUAUGGGCAUUGAAACUAAAGGGUGUCAAGUAUGAUUACAUAGAAGAAGACUUUUCCAAUAAAAGUCAAUCUCUUUUGGAGUACAAUCCGGUCCACAAGAAGGUUCCGGUGCUCGUUCAUGGCGGAAGGCCGGUGGUGGAGUCGUCGGUGAUACUCGAGUACAUCGAAGAAACGUGGUCCGAUGACCCUCUUACCUCGUUACUCCCUUCGGAUGCUUACGAGAGAUCCGUGGCUCGUUUUUGGAUUGAUUUCGGACAACAUGUGGCACUAGGAGGUAAGAAAUUCUUUGAUGGAAACAGACUCGGAUUGGUCGACUUAUCGUACGGGUGGCUGGCCCACUGGCUCGAGCCAAUACAAGAACUUGUCGGGGUGAAGGUUCUAGAACCAAACACUCUGCCUAGGUUGUACCAAUGGACCAUCGAUUUCAAACACGAGCCUGUUAUUAAGGAUAAUCUUCCUGACAGCAAGGCUUUGUUGGAACACACCACAAGGCAAAGGAAGAAGUUUACAUCUCCCGAGAACAAUUAG